CGAAGCGCGACCCUUCAGUCGGAAUGCCGCUCGCGUACUAUCUACUCGUCUGUUCGGCAGUGUGAUGAUCAGUGAACGUGUGAUGCGUGUUUUGGAGAGCAUCGAGAGCCGUUCCCGGUUCCUAAUGAUGGUUCUGCUGCUCUCGACGUAUACUGCAACUGUUUGGACGGAUAAUUCCACCGGUUCCGAAGGACCGAGUUUUACUGUGCCAAUAACAAACGUGACAGUCCCAAUGGGCAGGGAAGCAGUACUCGCUUGUGUGGUUGCAAAUCUUUCUACUUACAAGGUAGCGUGGCUCAGAGUGGACACACAAACAAUCUUGACGAUAGCUAAUCAUGUAAUCACGAAGAAUCACAGGAUCGGAGUGACGCACACCGAACGCAAAACCUGGCACUUACACAUACGUGAAGUACGUGAAUCUGAUCGAGGUGCUUACAUGUGCCAGAUAAAUACCGAUCCGAUGAAGAGUCAAACUGGAUAUCUGGAAGUUGUAGUACCGCCUGAUAUUUUAGAUUAUUCGACGAGUACCGAUAUGGUGGUGCGAGAGGGUAGUAACGUUACGUUACGUUGCGCCGCGACGGGUUCACCCAAACCAAAUAUUACUUGGAGACGGGAAGAUGGAGAAGCUAUACUUCUUGAAAAUGGUCAGGAAGUAAGAAGUGUAGAAGGGUCAAUCUUCACUAUCACAAAGGUAAAUAGAUUACAGAUGGGUGCAUACCUAUGUAUCGCUUCCAAUGGGGUGCCUCCUACAGUCAGUAAAAGAAUAAUGCUGAUAGUGCACUUCACUCCAAUGAUUUCGAUCCAAAAUCAAUUGGUAGGUGCACAAGAGGGACAGAAGAUGACUCUUGAGUGUCAUUCAGAAGCCUUUCCAAAAUCAAUCAAUUAUUGGACCAAAGAGAAUAAUGAAAUUAUAAAAACUGGAGAAAAAUAUCAGCAAUCAGUUACAGACAAUGCAUACAAAAUACAAAUGAAACUUACAAUAUUGUCGGUGGAAAAGUCCGAUUACGGAACGUACAAAUGCAUAUCGAAGAAUUCUUUAGGAGAAACAGAUGGCAGUAUUAAACUCUACCAUAUACCAACACCAACAACACAAUUAAAAACGACGACCACCCCCAGUUCCACUGUCGAAGAAGUUGAAAAUAUUCAAAACUCACGACAAGGACCACUGCCUAGUAUGGAACCUAUCCAGAAUGAAGGGACGGAUACUUCAUUGCCUAAUAUCCUUAGGAACGAUGAUAUACGGCUUCACGGGAGAGCAAGCAGCAGCGACUAUAACGAUGCUGAAAACACCGUGACAAAAGGACGAAAAAAUAUUGGUGGCGAGGUACGGCCACGAAGAAUCGACAACACGGCGCAAUCGAUGUCAUCCAGGGGUACAAGCACGAAUUUUCUAGUGCAAUCUAGAACGGCCAUCUGCAUAAUCCUACUAUCUGCCCUGUCGUAGUCACGUCAGUGUCCAGUAGCGGAAAAAAAGAAGAAAAUAAAAAAUUAAAAAAAAAACGGUUGUUCGAGGGAAAUCCUUCGAAUGGGAUCAAGAUUCGUCCUGUUCAUCGUCAUUCAUCUCAACCGUGAAAGGGAUCAAUUAACGAAUGUGCUUGAACGGCGUGAAUUUACCGCGGAUAUGGUGUGCGGUUCUUUGUAAAACUGAAACUGAAGUCAACGAAACAAUCUUAUCGUUAGUUUGUGUUAUUCGAACGAGAAAGUUUAGUCAAUGAGAUCCUUUCGAGUCUGCCACUUUUGUUAUUACUAAUUAUCACAGUUUAUUUGAGCUCGUUAAAAUCGUAACUUUAAUUUUCUGAAGGAUGCGCUUCGAAUAGAUAAACAUUUUAACUCCUAUGUACAUACGAUAUUUUUUGUAUGCUUUAUAAACUUACAAAUUACUCGAAGAAAUUUCAUUCAUUGAAACAUGUUCGGCCUAAUUACUGUACACUGUAUUGUAUUAUUGUAUCUAUUAUCGUUGCAUCUGUUGUACUAGUUAAUGUACAAUACAUAUGUACAGGGUAUCUUUGAAGAAAUGAGAUUGUUCUAUUAAUUUCAGUUCUUGAAAAAUGCUAUGAGAAGACACUCCAUUAGAAACUAAACGAAAGUAUGUUAGAAGUAUCUGAAAUCGAGAUUACUUCAGCCUCAGUUCAAGUCGGGAAGUGAUUGGAUAGGGUCGGAUCGGGUCAGGUUGGGAUCUUGAAAGUUUAUAAAGCUAGGGCUGUGCGGAUACCCAAAAUUACGAUAUUUUUCUAUUUUGUAGUCUGGUCUUGAAUUUGAAUUUCUACAUUUGAAAGCGUUUCUAUAUUUUAUACAUCGUUUCGAAACGUUAACUGUAUCAUACUGUAUUCAUUACUUACUACACAGUUUUGAUUCACCUAAUUGAAAGUACAAUUUUCCAAACAUUAAACAAUCUAAGGGUUGAAGGUUUAAAAAUAAGGAAAAUGUAUGAAACAAUAUUAUUAUGUUUUAAAUUGAUCUGUAAAAUUUUUUGUACAAUACUGUUGUAUUAAAACAACGCGUUUACAAAGAUACGGCCAUAAAUAAAGAGGAAUCAUUGAAUUUUCAAUGUUGGCAACUUAGUACUUCUAAGACACCCUGUAUAUACUAUGCAAUACAAGAUUACUCGACACAGCACAGACAAUGACAUAUUAUUUCUGUGCUAAUGUGCAACAUGUUGUUUGAAAUAACUUUGUAUAAUUGAUGUGCACGUGUAUGCAUUGGAACCUGUUGCGUAAACGUUCGAAUGAUUUGAACGAAUUGUACAAUGAUGUUUGCAAUUGAGAACAUUCCAGUUGAGACGAGAGUGACUUGUAAAACCUUAGGAGGAGCCGUAUGUGUAAAUUUCCUCUAGAAAGUAAUUUGCAUAUAUUUGUAAAUAAAAUAAGAAUACAAUAAUUCGAAUAAUGUGAAUUUGUUAGCGAAUCUGUACAUAUGCGUAGAAUUGAAAACUGUUCCAUUUGUCUCCUGGUUAAUUUUAAAUCAUUCACUUUAAUUCGUUUUUUAAUAAAAUUGUACUUAAGGAAUUUAUUUUCACCAAUUAAAUUGUACAUAUUAAUUAUAGAUAUAUAAUUUACAUCUGCACGAUGAUUUUUACAAUCGAACAUUUUAAAAUGUACUAACACGUUGAUUGCGCCAGUCAAAAUGAUUCAAUUUUUAUGAAUUUUCACAUGAUGUUGCUCACAAAUAAUUACUGUUGCAAUCAACGUGUUAAUUAUCUUCAUCGGUAAUAAGCAAAAAUAUAAUUGUUUAUUAUAGCACAGUGCAUUUGUAUAGUGAUCAUUGUUCAAAUAUUAUUAAUUUAUUGAUUUAGUUCAUUUGUUGAGCUAGGUGAGAAUGGUAUGGAAGGUGAUAGUAACAUGGAAUACCCAUUUUAUUUUUCGAUUUACAAAAUUUCAAAGUAGCUGAAAAUAAAUUAUUUUUAAACUAGUAACAGACAUUAAAUGUUACAAACAUUGCAAUACAUAUUUACGAAAAUUGAGCUGAAGAUCGUAGUGGUACAUAUUACUAUCACCUCAUUUAGUACUUACAUUGUACCAUAAUCUGGUUGUUGGUGAAAUUCAUUGUACAGUCUGUAUAUACAUGUAGCAAAUAAUUGAAAAAUUACAGUAAACAUAGUUUAUGAUUUGUAAUCUGUAACUAGUUGUAACGGUUAUAGUAAUUAAUUAUCAACAUAAUAAUAAAAGUACCUCAGUGAGCUUGCUAUUUCUUUCUAGAUAUGCAGCAUUUGAAAUUAACUUCUUCUCAUAAGCACCUCUGAGUACUUGUAUAUUGAUGAAUAAAUUGUUUAUUGUUUAUUUUGAUGAUUCCAACACAGAAGUGUAAGAAUAAAUUAAUCUUAUAUGCUGCAUAUUUAAAGGAUUUUAGUGAAGUUCUUAGAUAAAAAUCAAUGUAAAAGCUAUCUUUCCGUCGUUGUAGAUUUAGUUUAAUUGGAACGUUAUUUGAAAACAAACGAAUGCUUAUCGUUGAGUAGAUAUCAUAACGAAAAGUGUGAAUGUUUAACUCUUAGAGACCGGACCCGAACGCAGCUGAACACUUCAUACAUUCCAAAAUUUUUUUCAUUAUUUCUAAUUUUUUCAUUAUACGAAAACAUAAAUGGUGUGAAAUUUAGAACUGAUAAAAAUUACUUUUCACUCGAAAACAAAGGAAAAUUUAUGUCGGUAAAUCGAGAUAAUAAUUACUAAUUGUGAGCGCAUCCACGUCUUUAGGCCACAGCAGCAACUUAUACGUAUGUAUAUUUGCUCGCAGUACUUUAAGAGUUAAUUUGUUACGUGCAAAUGAAGCAGUACCUCUCUUAUAAAUGUUUGCAUGGGAUGUCCCAAUGAGAUUGCUCAAUUUGGAAACCACAAAAGUGCAUGUAUAGCGAAAAUUAUGCAUGUACACCUAGGUGCAAUGCAGUCUUCAUUUGUAGGAAGAGCCGUUUGCUUUUUAUGGAGAGCCUAAGGAAAACCUAACGUAAGAAGGGCCUAACCUAGAUACCUCUUGCAUUUCCCUUUAAUUAUGAGAAGUAUGUGUUGAGCUAAAGUGUACAUACACUGAAUAUUCGAUUUUUACAAAUUUUAAAAUCAUAAUUUUGAUUUCUUUGUAAUAAAGAAUUUACAAAUUUUAUGUAUUUAUAGUAAUAAAGGAUUUUCAAAAAUCCUCCAUUAUUGUUAGUGACUUUAUUUAUUUAUUGAUUAUUUGUCAGUGACUUUAUUGAUGGACAAAUGCUUUUCUCAUUCGGUUAAAUGAAUGAUGUACUGCUCCAUUGUGCCAUGAGACAUAGCAUAAGAAAAGUUUAUUGUAGAAUCAUAACAUAAAUU